UUGCCAGGAACCCAGACCCGCUUCAGCCAGGAGCCAGCUGACCAGACAGUGGUGGCGGGUCAGCGGGCCGUGCUCCCCUGCGUGCUGCUCAACUACUCGGGCAUCGUGCAAUGGACCAAGGACGGGCUGGCGCUGGGUAUGGGCCAGGGCCUCAAAGCCUGGCCGCGGUACCGGGUCGUGGGCUCUGCGGACGCCGGGCAGUACAACCUGGAGAUCACGGACGCCGAGCUGUCUGAUGACGCCUCCUACGAGUGCCAGGCCACGGAGGCCGCCCUGCGCUCACGGCGGGCCAAGCUCACCGUGCUCAUCCCCCCAGAGGACACCCGGAUCGAUGGCGGCCCCGUGAUCCUGCUGCAGGCGGGGACGCCACACAACCUCACGUGCCGAGCCUUCAACGCCAAGCCGGCCGCCACCAUCAUCUGGUUCCGGGACGGGACGCAGCAGGAGGGCGCAGUGGCCAGCACGGAGCUGCUCAAGGACGGGAAGAGGGAGACCACCACGAGCCAGCUGCUCAUUAACCCCACAGACCUGGACAUCGGGCGUGUGUUCACCUGCCGCAGCGUGAACGAAGCCGUCCCCAGCGGCAAGGAGACGUCCAUCGAGCUGGACGUGCACCACCCGCCCACGGUGACCCUGUCCAUUGAGCCACAGACAGUGCAGGAGGGAGAGCGCGUCGUCUUCACGUGCCAGGCCACGGCCAACCCCGAGAUCCUGGGCUACAGGUGGGCCAAGGGGGGCUUCUUGAUUGAAGACGCCCACGAGAGUCGCUAUCAGACCAAUGUCGACUACUCCUUCUUCACGGAGCCUGUGUCCUGUGAGGUUCACAACAAAGUGGGGAGCACCAAUGUCAGCACCUUAGUCAACGUCCACUUUGCCCCCCGGAUCGUAGUCGACCCCAAGCCCACGACCACAGAUAUUGGCUCUGAUGUGACCCUCACCUGUGUCUGGGUAGGGAAUCCGCCCCUCACCCUCACCUGGACCAAAAAGGAUUCAAACAUGGUCCUGAGUAACAGCAACCAACUGCUGCUGAAGUCGGUGACCCAGGCCGAUGCCGGCACCUACACCUGCCGGGCCAUCGUGCCUCGGAUCGGAGUGGCCGAGAGGGAGGUACCCCUCUAUGUGAACGGGCCCCCCAUCAUCUCCAGCGAGGCGGUGCAGUAUGCCGUCAGGGGUGACGGUGGCAAGGUGGAGUGUUUCAUCGGGAGCACGCCGCCGCCUGACCGCAUUGCCUGGGCCUGGAAGGAGAACUUCCUGGAGGUGGGGACCCUGGAGCGCUACACUGUGGAGAGGACCAACUCGGGCAGCGGUGUGCUGUCCACACUCACCAUCAGCAACGUCAUGGAGGCCGACUUCCAGACACACUACAACUGCACGGCCUGGAACAGCUUUGGGCCCGGCACGGCCAUCAUCCAGCUGGAAGAGCGAGAAGUGCUGCCCGUGGGCAUCAUCGCUGGGGCCACCAUCGGAGCGGGCAUCCUGCUCACCUUCUUCUUCAUCGCCUUGGUGUUCUUCCUCUACCGCCGCCGCAAAGGCAGUCGCAAAGACGUGACCCUGAGGAAGCUGGACAUCAAGGUGGAGACGGUGAACCGCGAGCCACUCACGAUGCACUCUGACCGGGAGGAUGAUACUGCCAGCGUGUCCACUGCGACUCGGGUCAUGAAGGCCAUCUAUUCGUCCUUCAAGGACGACGUGGACCUGAAGCAGGACCUGCGCUGCGACACCAUGGACACGCGGGAGGAGUACGAGAUGAAGGCGCCGCCGUCGGGCCUGGAGCGGACCGCGUACGAGCCUUACGACCCCAUCGGCAAGUACGCCACGGCCACGCGCUUCUCCUACACGUCCCAGCACGCGGACUACGGCCAGCGGUUCCAGCAGCGCAUGCAGACUCACGUGUAGGCCCGGAGCGCCGCCGCGCGGGGGCGCCUCUGCGGGGCAGAGGACUCGGCUCUCCGGCCCUUCCCUGAUAUUCAGGGGCGAUGCGCCUCGCUGCCAGGGGGCCCUCCCGGACCGGCCUGCCGCCACCCCGGCAGGUGGGGAGCAGGUCUCCCGGAAACACCCCUUCCCGAGGAUGGUGCUCUAUGCAUGCCCCAGCCUCCUGGGCCUGCCCUUCCCUCUUCUUCGGGAGGACGAGUGUCUUCUGACCUGUGCUCUCUCCUGGCCCCACACAGGGGUGGUGGGGGGACAGGGAAGCCUAGGUUGUGGGAGAGCCUAGGGGGCACUUUUUAGCAUUCCCAUUUUGUCCCACCCCUCUCGGCUCCCCUAAGUGGACAGGGCUGUGUGAGGAGCAGCAGGUGUGGGCCGAGGGGACACGCGGGGGCGGGGCUGGGUGGCUCUGGCCCAGACAGGUGGGAGCAGGUGGGUUUCUCCUAGCUGUCCACACGGCAGCCCUGGCACUGAGUUCAGAUCCAGCCGUCGUUGGGCUGAGAUGAGCGUCAGUGCUAGCCGUGGGGGCUGCGCACCGUGGACGCCUGUCUGUCACCCUUUGCAGGGUCCAGGCUUCUCCAUUACCAUCCCUCCCCUCCUUCUUGCUGCUCCGUGCAGGGCCAGCCGGGCAGGUCAGGGUCGUGGUGGAGGAAGGAACCGGGAGGAGCCGUGGUCUGAUUCACCAGCAGGAAGGCUGUGGGCCACAGAGCAGUUUCCAGAGCCCCCUCUAGAAGAGCCCUUUCCCUCCCCAGUGGGCCCUUCCUCUGGGCUUUACCUUUGGGUAGCUGGAGGCGCGAGGGUGGGAGGCGAUAGGGUGUUCUUCAAAGACAACAACAACAACAACAAAAACAA